UCAUUCACUCUGUAAAGACUUCUUUACUAAUUCAGUCAACAAUCAUUAGAUACUUCAUUUUUAAAUUAUCUAAGAAUAAUCUAUGGCUUUGACUUUUCCAAAAAGGUUUUCUUGACUGUGAUACUAAAUCUAUGAAAUACAGCUUUCUCAUAGCUCCACAGAACUUAAUUUUGUUUUUAGGCAUCAGCAGUACAAAGAGGGCAUGUAUAAGAUUAACUGGGCUGAUUAUCUGGUCUAUGAUAUAUCUUUUGUUUAAAAUUAAAACACUUUAAAGAUAAACUGCAUAAAAGUAAUCUGUAAAGAAGCAGAUGAUGUAUUCUGAAUCUGUAACCUUUGUUUUAGGUAAGAUUAUCUCCAGCCAAAAUGUCAACCAAGAAUUCUACAGAUCUAGUUGAAUAUGUUGACAAGAGUCAUCCUUUUCUCCCCAUCAUUCCAAACACCCAGAGAAGUCAGCUAGAAGACAGACUGAAUAACCAGGAGCGUACCAUAGCUUUCCUCCUUGAACAAGCCUUCCGCAUCAAGGAGGAUAUCUCUGCUUGUCUGCAGGGGACCCAUGGCUUUCGAAAAGAGGAAUCACUUGCCAGGAAGUUACUGGAAAGCCACAUCCAGACCAUCACCAGCAUCGUCAAAAAACUCAGCCAAAACAUUGAGAUUUUAGAAGACCAAAUAAGAGCUCGAGAUCAGGCGGCCACAGGAACUAACUUUGCAGUACAGGAGAUAAACAUGAAACACCUACAAGGAGUUGGAGAUCUUCGAGGAAGAGUAGCCAGAUGUGAUUCAAGCAUCUUGAAGCUUUCUGGAGACAUUCACUUCUUCAGGCAAGAGUACCGGCAAAUUGAGAAAGCCAUUCAAGAAUUCAUGCCCGCCCUGGAAACUCUUUCCAAGAAUUUGGACAUGAAGGUGAUGCAGCUCUUGGGAAAGAUAGAGACUGCCAGUUCUGAGCAAACCUCAAAGUUAAAGAUGGUCCAGGGGGAUUAUCGCCACGAAAUGAACCUUUUGGAAUUCAAAUUUAAUUCACUUUCAAGUAAUCUGUAUGAAGAAGUUGAGAAUAAUAAAAAAUGGACAGAAAACCAAUUUCUCAAAUAUAGAAAAGACCACCUGGGCCAUAUAAAUGAAUGUCUGAAGGUCCUACAGGAGAAACUGGAAAAGUCUGAAAAUAAAAUGGAAGAAAAACUGCUGCAGCUUUCAAGCAAAGUAGAGAAUUUCAUUAACACAGAGAAACAGGAAACACAACUAAGUAGAGUAAAGCAAAUGGAAAAUAAAUUGUCCAAAAAGAUGGAACAAAUGGAAAAGCAGAUCUGGGGUGAAUUAGAGACAAUGCAGAAUGAAUAUCAAUCAGGAUUUAAAUCAAUUCAUGACUCUCUCAGCUCCCUCCAACAAAUACAGAAAACAAAGAUGGAUUUAGAGAAAUGUAAAGUACAGAAAGACCUGAAGAAAUUACAGCGUAAGAUAGUGGAACUCCAGGAAGUAUAAACCUUUUCAGUCAUCUUCUUUUUCACCAGCCAAUGGAGUGAUUUGUUGGGAAAAGUUCUGAAGAAGCAAGUUACUAUCUCUGGGAUGUUUACUGCUUCUAAUGUCUCCUUUUAAGGAGAUGAAUGUACCAGAAAAAUAAUAAAGCACAGAAGUUU